ACGGAUGAAGAUGGAGGAGUGGAUUCCGCUGUUCGACAUUUUUUUGAAUAGUUCCUCGCCGGAAACUGAGGCUUCGCUGUGGCUAGACCAGGCUUCUUCAUCCUCCACCUCCUCUGCCGCGGCGGCGCCCAUCAACCGGAGCUCCUUUGUUUCGUUGCUGAAGCAACAAUGCGAUCAUCAGAGUUCAUCUCCGGUGACUAAGAAGGUUCUAUUCAUUGAGACAUUACCCAACUUGGUUCAGUCAAAGAUUCUAUCUUUCCUUCUUUUCGAGUGUCAGAGGUUUUGCGUUAGUGAUUUGGUUUGGCUGGCUAGAGAAAUUUUGGCUAAUGAAGUUGUUGAUUUCUGGGUUCAGAGAGAUGCACAGAACCUGCUCGACAAAAUUCCUAAACCAAAGUUUGAUUGGAUAUCUCAUCUAGAUUUGGCUUCUGCUAAUGAAGAUAGCUUUAGGGAGGAAUUUGACUCUGUACCUGAUUGGCUCACUGAGAAGUCUGCUUCUACUGGUACAAUUCUUCCAUGGCUUCCUGUAUCAUUCGAUGAUGUAGUAGAUUCAGAAAUGCUGGUUGUUGAUUCUUGGAAUGGAGAGGAGGUGAGUCUCAUCGGAGAGGGUAUGGAAGAAGAUCAUCGAGAAGUUGUUGAUAACAUUGAUCAUACCAUGAAUGUUGGGUUACAAGCUGAUGAUCAUGAAUUGGCGGCGAAUCUUAGAGCUCAGGUUACUAGCUCUCAGUCUAGUAUUGAAGUUUUAACCUUGUGUGAUGAAAUUCGAAAACUUUGCUUGGAGAAGGGUUUUAGAGUUUUGGCGUUGAUUGAACCUUGGAAUGCAGAUGAUGAGACUGCUGCAGUUUUACUUUCGAAUUUGUAUAGUGGAAGUGAGGAAGAUGAGCUUGGUUGGCCAAGCCAGGUUCUAUGUUCGAUCGUGCUUCCCAAGCUUUUGUCUCUCGAGACAUCCGCCUCUCGUGUGUUAAUGUCUGCAACAAUCCAGUUUUGCAAGAUCCACCAAAGAGCAGCUGAGUAUGCGUUGGUGUUCCCUUUGAUACUCAGGAAAAAAGGGAUAAACAGCUUCAUCUGUGAGGUGAUUUCAAGGGUUUUGAAAGAAUGCUUGCACUUGGGUCAUACAUCUGGUUUUUGCCAGAAGUUACUUUGUGGAAGAACUGAAGAGAGGAGGUUUCUGUUCCUUCCUUGCCACUGAGAUCUUAUAUCUGAAGAUCUAACAUGGAAUGAAUCUCUGUUUAUCCUUUUCCAGAACGUCUUGCUCCACGACGUCCCUUUAACCCAAGAUUCUGUUGAUUGUCUUGUUUCCAAGGUUCAGGAGUUGGCGGCAAGGUAUUCCAAAUCUCUAAAAUUUGGAAACUUCUUGCUACAUUUUAUUGCCAAGUGUGGUCCGAUGCUACAGGCUCAUAAGUAUCAGCUGGUCGAAGCUGUUAAGUGCACUAACAGUCUAGUUACAAAAUCUAUCUUGUCGAAACUCAGCGCCCUGUAGCUCCCAUAUCAUAGUCUGUUCUUUGGCAUACACCUUUCUUCAGUGGUGAUAUGAGCAUUCAUACGGAAAGAGGAUGUAGGACUGUGUAGUUCUCAAGAGCUUGAAGGUGUUAAGGCUUAUCUCAGUCGAGAUGAGCUCUAGAGUAACAUUUUCUUUGUGUUCGAACAACAUGGUGACAGGUAUGAACAAAACACAUGGAUAUCAUUCUAAUGAUUACCUAACAAAGCUGAAUCUGUAUGAUCCGGACAUGCUUUGUGAGGGAAUACACAAGAAUACAAGACCUAAUGAAAGGAGAAUUUGAUGGGUGAUUCAUAGCAAUUAAAUUCCAGAUAACCCCUAGACUAACUCAAUAUUUAUCCAUGGUCUGACAUCUUGAGACUUUGUCGGGAUCUGGUUGGAACCUCAGAUAAUCUUGUAACAAGAACUUUGAAGCUGGAGAUAAAAUAGCAUCAGAAGCAAGAUUUUAGAAUAUGGCUAUUGACAGUCUACUUCAUGUAUCGCUAUAAGUCUACAAAGGAACGAUUCAAGAUUCAAACUCAAGUUCUGUCACUUAUCCUGCAACGAAAACGCGAGAAAUGAUGUCACCAAACAAGCUCUGCUGUGUAAGAUGUAUGGAGGGGCAAGAAGAAUGAAUCGAAUUUAAGAUCACCAUUUGACAUGAGAAUGAGAUCUAGACCAGCCACGAAGAGAAACUGUAAUUUUUUAACUUCACUCUCUCGGCUCAUGUAAGUAGAUACAUCUUCAAUGUGCUGUAAAUAAUGAUACCAAAGAGUCAAAGACCAACACAAAUGACAUUUCAUUUCACCUGGCUGAACAGUCUGAACUGAGUGUGUUUGUUAACACGUUCGUCUUUGGACUGUCAAGAGCACCACCCAACUUGGAGUCUGGAGACAUGACAGGCUCCAGAUGUCAAACCAUGGAGAAAUGUUGAGCAUUAGUCUAGGAAGUAGGAACUAUCUGUACAAAGAUUGCUAUGAUCACCCAUUUAAUUCUCCUUUUCGUUAGGUCUUGAAUUCUUGUAUUCUUUUGUUAUUGUGCCUUGCUCCACUCCUCACUAUUGCUUUGAUUAGUAAAGCACUGUCUGAAAUCUUCUUCCACAGCCGCAUUAUCACACUAUUGUUCGAAUAGAGACAUCUUUUGCCAGCUUG